CCACUCUAUCUGAUCCUCUUUGGGAAAAGCUAAGUAUCAUGUGGUAUCAUGACUUCAUGAGCGAUACUGAAAAACAGCAGAGCGUUUAAAAUCUGAAUCCACCAAUAUCAGGCUAUAAAAAUCAUUCGAAGAAUUAUAAAACGAGAGUGGCAGGAUAUAGUCCCUCCAAGGGCAAGAGUCAUACGUGUCGCAUAUCCACCUGAGAUUUGGCACAUUAAACUCUCAAAAAAAAGAAAGGAAUUCUAACCUGAUUUCAAUCUGAGAUACAACAUGGGAAAACAUGAAAAAGGUACCCCAAAAUAUAUUACCAACAAGAACAAGGCACGAGGCUUGCAAAAAUUGAGAUAUUAUUGUCAAAUGUGUAAGAAACAAUGCCGAGAUCACAAUGGAUUUAAGUGCCACACUAUGUCGGAGUCGCACCAUCGUCAGAUGUUAAUGUUUACCGAAAACGCCAACCAAUUUAUAGAUAGAUUUUCUCAAGAAUUUUUACAUGGAUAUGUAAAUUUAUUGAAAAGGCAAUUUGGCACCAGACGAGUGCCAGCAAAUCGAGUAUACCAAGAGUACAUUUCUGACAAAGGGCAUAUACACAUGAAUGCGACUAAGUGGCUCACUUUGACCGCAUUUGUAAAAUGGCUUGGAUCUACGGGAAAGUGCAUUGUUGAUGAAACUGAAAAAGGUUUAUAUAUAACACUUAUUAAUAGGGAUCCUGAGGCACUUGUUGCGCAAGAAAAAGAAGCCAAAAGAAAAAGAAUGACCAAAAAUGAUCAGAAGCAAAUUUUUAAGUUUAUCAACAAGCAAAUUAAAGAGACAAGUACAAAUAAGAAAAGCGAAACGACUAAAAAGCCAUUCAUGCGUCCUGAAGAAAAUGUACUUUUGGUUCUUAAUUUAACAUUUAAAUCAAAGCCAAAGUUGCUUGUAUUAAAUGCUAAUGAAUUAAUUGCCAAUAAAUAAAAUUUACACAGUAAAAAA